AUGUCACUGUGUCCCCACACAGGGAUCACGUUCCUGUCGGGGGGUCAGAGCGAGGAGGAGGUGUCCCUGAACCUCAACGCCAUCAAUCGCUGUCCCCUGCCCCGGCCCUGGGCUCUGACCUUCAGCUACGGCCGUGCCCUGCAGGCCUCGGCCCUCAAGGCCUGGGGCAGCAACAAGGACAACACCAAGGCGGCCCAGGAGGAGUAUGUCAAGAGAGCGCUGACCAACUCGCUGGCGUGCCAGGGCAAGUACACCCCGAGCGGCACCGCGGGGGCAGCGACCAGCGAGUCCCUGUUCGUGUCCAACCACACCUACUGAGAGCCUG